AUGAAGAUUUACAAGGAUAUUUUCUCCAACGACGAAUUGUUGUCCGAUGCUUACGACUUGAAAGAAGUUGACGGUGUCAUCUACGAAGCCGACUGUGCUAUGGUCAAGGUCGGUGGUGACAACAUCGAUAUUGGUGCCAACCCAUCUGCCGAAGAUGGCGGUGACGAUGUCGAAGAUGGUUCCGAGGUUGUCAACAACGUGGUCCACUCUUUCCGUUUGCAACAAACUGCUUUCGACAAGAAGUCUUUCUUGGGUUACAUCAAGGGUUACAUGAAGGCUGUCAAGGCUAAAUUGCAAGAGAGCAACCCAGAUGCCAUCCCAACUUUCGAAAAGGGUGCCCAGGCUUACGUUAAGAAGGUCAUUGGUUCUUUCAAGGACUGGGAAUUCUUCACUGGUGAAUCCAUGGACCCAGAUGCCAUGGUUAUCAUGUUGAACUACCGUGAAGACGGUGUUACUCCAUUUGUUGCUAUCUGGAAGCACGGUGUUGAUGAGGAAAAGAUCUAA